AUGGAUUAAUCAAAGUUCUAAUGGUUGGCAGACAUACUCCUUAUUACGAUGGCAUUUAUCGAACACGAUAUAGCUGACCAAGAAAGAUUCAACUUACUGCUAUUAGAGCCAGGGGAAAUUUAUUUUGAAGAUUACAGUGUGACGUAUUUUCCUAACGGCACACUGAAAAAAGACAAGGGAAAAAAGUCACAGAAGGGACAUCUUAAAAUUUGUUCCAAGUCUGUUGUUUUUGUCCCUAAAGUUAUCCAGUUUCCAAUACUUAAGCUUCCAUUGAAAAAUGUCACAUCAAUUGAAGAAUGGUCUGGAGACUUAUUUUCCAGGCUUGAAAAAGAUAAAAUUAUAAAGAUAACGUCUAACCGAGCCGUGAAAAUGAAGGAAAACAACAUUAUUGGACCAUAUUCAUUUUUCAAGGAAGCAUCAGAUUACACUUUCCAGCUGGACUAUGCCUCUGUUGAUGAUUGUCUGCCACAAAUCUGUCAGCUUCACCGCGCCUCCACACUGCCUCCAGGGGAACAAACUGCAAUGAUAAAUGCCAUAGUCUUAUCAAGGCAAUCCAGAUGCAAAUUCAAUACAAGCUGGCUGGAAGAUCUGUAUGAGAAGAUUCAGUUUCAAACUCAGGGUGACAGAAUUCUUCCUUUGGUCACAAACCCUGGACGAAUCAUGCUGACUUGUAAAAGAUUGUACUUCCAACCCUUCAACAAUAUAGAAAAGGUUCCUGUGAUUAAGAUAAGAUUAAAAGACAUAUCCAGGGUCAUUAAAAGAAGAUUUCUACUACGUCAUGUCGGAAUAGAGAUAUUUUGUAAAGAAGGAACUGCCUGCUCACAUAUUUAUCUGAGCCUGCAAUCAGCAAAUGACAGAAAUGAACUUUAUGAUACAAUACUUAAACAGGAAGAGCUGCAACUAGAGGAAACAUCUCAAGAUGACAUGAUGAUAAAAUGGCAGAGUAAAAACCUGUCUAAUUAUGACUACCUGAUGUAUCUGAACAGCCAAUCGGACAGAAGUUUCUGUGAUCUAACGCAGUACCCUGUCAUGCCCUGGGUCAUCACAGAUUUUACUUCUCCAACCCUGGAUUUAGAAGAUGAGAAAAUUUACAGAGACCUGAGGAAGCCCAUAGGAGCACUUAAUGAGGAGAGGAUCCAAAAAAUGAGGGAGAGAUAUCGAGAAAUGCCAGAUCCUAAAUUCCUGUAUGGAUCUCACUACUCAACCCCUGGUUAUGUUCUGUUCUAUUUGGCAAGAAUAGCUCCAGAGUAUGUGCUGUGCUUGCAGAAUGGAAAAUUUGACAAGCCUGACAGAAUGUUUAAUAGUCUUGAUGACACCUGGGGUAAUUGUCUAGAAGGGGCCGCUGACUUCAAGGAAUUGAUUCCAGAGUUUUUUGAUGGGAAUGGAGAAUUUCUUCUCAAUAAAGGGGUCAGUAACUUUGGUAUAAGACAAGAUGGUCGACCAGUUGGUGAUGUAGAACUUCCACCUUGGGCAAAAGACUACCAUGAUUUUAUUGACAAAAUGAGAGCAGCCCUAGAGAGUGACUAUGCCUCAGAACAUAUACAUCACUGGAUAGAUCUUAUAUUUGGAUACAAACAGAGAGGAAAAGAGGCAGAAAAAGCUGAUAAUGUUUUCUAUUACAUGACAUAUGAAGGAGCAGUGGAUUUGGACAAAAUUGAGGACCCAAAUGAAAGAGCCAGAAUAGAGAUCCAGAUUAUGGAGUUUGGUCAGACUCCCCAUCAGCUGUUUGAAAAACCACACCCUCCCCGAUUCACGAGAGAUGGAAUUAGACAUCACAGUUCCACCACAGCAUCGUGUAGUUCACAGGAGAAUGAACUUCAAGUGAAGGAGGCUGAAUCUAUUCAAUCUUCCGAGUCUGGUGUAGUCAGUUCUGUACAGAGUUGUCUUUCUUUAGAGGAUAUAUCAGCACUUCAAAUUACUCAUCAAUACUCACUUCAUAAAAGUUGUAUCACUGCUAUGCAGCUGACCGAGGAUGGAUGUAAUAUAUUUUCAGUUUCACAAGAUACAACACUGAAAAUGUAUUCACUGGAGGACCAGAGGCAGCUUAGCUUUAAUGUGUCAAAUAUGGCAUUAUCUUCAUGUAUAGUAAUGCCAGAUAACAGAACAAUUGUUGUUGGAUCUUGGGAUAACUUUGUAUACUUCUACAGUGUAGAGUUUGGACGUACUCUGGACACUCUAAAAGCACAUGAUGAUGCAGUUUCUUCUGUUGUUUGGAAGAAUAACUUUCUUAUCACAGCAUCUUGGGACUCAACUGCAAAGGUAUGGCAGUUUGAUCCCCCAAGUGAACCACACAAUUUUAAUGCAGCUGUUUUUGUAGGACAGCUGGAUCAUGAUUCUGGAGUUUCUUGCCAAGACAUAGAUGAAACUGGUUCUCUUCUUGCGACAGGAACUGAAGAAGGACAUGUUCUAAUUUGGGACAUCAAAUCGCUGCAUCCUAUUGCAGAGAUGGAAGAAGUUCAUAGUGGCACAGUCAAUUCACUUGCAUUUACUUUUGAUAGCAGAAGACUAAUUUCCUGUGGAGCAGACUCGGUGUUGAAGAUCCUAGAUGUGGAGACACAGACAGAAGUCUUUGUCAAGAAUUUAGGACAUCAAAUUCUUUGUUUGGCCUGUUUUGAAAGUUUGAUACUAUGUGGAACAGAGAAUGGAGAACUAGAAAUUUGGGACAUUGAGAAAGCCAGUGUAUUGUCAGCAAUUAAAGGCCAUAAUGAACCAGUCACUUGUAUUGAAGUUGGGAGAAAGUGUGUGUUAACGGGGGACAAAGGAGGAGGUAUCUGUGUGUGGAAACCUGGCUGACUCAAAGAAUGUUUAAAAUGUUACAACAUCAUGUGCAUAAAAAGUAGACCAAUGUUUUUAACAACAUUGAAAAUGUAACAAAUUUAUUGUAAUUUACAGUAUAUUUUUAUAGUUGUAUUAUAUUAUGUGUUGCAACCAAAAGACAUGCAAGAAGGAUAAACAAAACCUUAAAUUAGAUCAAUUGUCAAUAAAGUAUUGAUUAGGUGUCAGUUGUUGAACUGUACAAUCCACUGGGAAUAAAUAUGAAGAUGAUGUAAAAAGAAACUAUAUAUAUAUAUCUCCAAGGAGAGAGGUAGCUACAUGUACAUGUAUUUUAAGUUUUCAUGUUUUGUUUAUAUUAUUUAUUGCAAUGUGUUGGGGAAAUGUUGCAUAUCUGUGCAUGCAUUUGUAUGAACAUUGAUCAAUUUUAAUGAAUAUUCAAAUUGUUAUAGAAAUAUUUACUUUUUGUUAUCUGUUUAAAUGAUACUUUUGAUUCUUUUCCUUAUUUAAGGAAGUCUAGUCUGAGAUCUAAAAUAUUGUUGGCCAUAAGAUCUACAACUUUUGCUCUUCAUCUGUUGUUCAUAAAGUGUAGAGUCUUUUCAAACUGAUAAUUGUUUUCCAUAAUAUGUAUGUUAUGUAGUUGUAUGAUUAGAAAUAUAUGAGCAUGCACAUUCCAUAAAUGUUCUACUGUUUGAAAAAAUUUAGUUACAACCAAGGCCAAACAAUUUUUGAUGAAUAAAUCAUUUAUUCCUCUAUA